GGGAACCGGGAACAAUCACGGAAUAAUGCAGAAGUAUUCGCGCCGUCCGUUGGGUUUCACCGCAUUGCGCUGAACGGGAGAAGGAGUUUCAGUCUGCACAUUUGUAUCCUGGCCACGGACGACACAAAGCUACUCCUGUGAUCCGAAGCAGCAAGAGCCCUACCUAAAGAAGUGCCCAUCAUGCACGGCUACACUGAAGAGUCCUCGUACGCGGCUGAAGACCACAAGCGCGAUGCCGACCCAGCGACGCCUGCCGGUGCCGUCCAGCACUACGGGAGUUCCGAUCCAAUCAAGCUUCUGGCGACGCUCGUAAAACAGACCGCAGUGGCAGCGGCCUCAAACCUCUGCAACGGUACCGCGUCGCCGUUAUCUUGCGGCGGUGACUCCAGCAACGUGACUCCCGACGCCGUGUACUCGGAUGGCGAGGACGACGACUUCUUUGAGUACCCCGGUAACAGAGCGGUAGAAGAAGUGCUGGGCAUCGUGGUUCCGAUCCUGUUCGGUGCCAUCGCCGUGAUCGGAUUCUUCGGCAACGCGCUCGUGGUCCUCGUCGUGCUGUGCAACCCGCAGAUGCGUUCCACCACGAACAUUCUCAUCAUUAACCUCGCGAUGGCCGACCUGCUGUUCAUCGUCUUCUGCGUCCCAUUCACGGGCUGGGACUACACCCUGAACUACUGGCCCUUCGGCGACGUCUGGUGUCGCGUCGUGCAGUACCUCGUCAUCGUGUGCGCGUACGCGAGCAUAUACACGCUGGUGCUGAUGUCGCUGGACAGGUUCUUGGCCGUGGUCCACCCGAUUACCUCCAUGUCCGUGAGAACGGAGCGAAACGCGUAUUUGGCCAUUCUUCUCACCUGGGUCGUCAUUCUCCUCGCCUGCAUCCCCGCGCUGUUCGCCCACGGCAUGAUUGUUCUCAACGACAGUUUUUCAUCUUGCACCUUCCGGGUGGACCUGGGCUACAACAUCGCGGCUUUCCAGAUAUCUUUCUUCAUGUCCUCCUUCGUGAUUCCACUUGCGCUCAUAUUCAUACUUUACGUCUUGAUGCUCAAGAGACUUUGGUUUGGAACAGCACCCGGAGGCAGGGUCAGCGCAGAAAGCGUGCGAUCCAAGAAACGGGUCACCCGGCUCGUCGUCGUGGUUGUCGUCGUGUUCGCCGUUUGCUGGUGUCCCGUUCAGGUGGUGCUCGUGCUGAAGAGCGUUGACAUCUACGGGCUGCCGAUGAACCCUCCGCGAAUUGUGGUGCAGAUUGCUUCGCAGAUACUGGCCUACACGAACUCCUGUGUGAACCCGUUCCUCUACGCUUUCCUUUCGGACAACUUCCGCAAGAGUUUCCGGAAAGUGAUCUUCUGCUACCGGAAGACACCGGCGGCUGUCGGUUCCUGUCCAACCCGGACACGGGGUGAGGAGAUCGAUUUCGCCGAACGAGAAACUCUUGCCAACUCUGCGAACAAGGCUCCCAAAAUCAUGAACGACAUCCUGUAACGAAGACUGCGAUGGUGCGUCGCCGUCAGCUGCAGCAUCAAGCCCUACUAGUCCACAUUUUUUUCCGCUGAGGACGCUUCAGUCCGUGGAUCGGCAGUUAUGUGCUGUGUAUGUGUCCUGUGUUGUUGGCAGCAUACGACUGUCCAGUUUGUGCAUUAAUUGCAGUUCUGCCAACGUGACAAUGGUAUUAACAAAGUUUGCUGGCUGAAAAAAUUACGUUAAUCAAAGUUCAGCCUACCGCGUUACGGAUAACGCCAGCGGAAAUAUAACCUUUUCGUUUUGACGAAUACUUGUCAUGUCACCGACUCACCAAGCUGCUACUAAUCACCGACAAGCCCCUUUGUGUUGUCACAAAACACAAGAGCGAUCGUAGCGUCUCGGCCCAAUGUUGUGUAAAUGAUUCUUCUUUAAUGUGGUGUGGCCGUGGCAGCUGCUCCCACGUAUUUUCUUCAUUCCUUGGCAGUCUUGGAUUCUGCAUCAGGUGCACGCGCACGUCAACUUUCAAUAUAUUCAAAGCAACUCUUCGCGAUGACGAACAACAUUUUGUUGACUGAAUUGAAGCACAUUCUUGCGCUGUCGUUACUGCUCCCAUGAUGUCGUCGCAGUGGGCUUCACACAGAUGAGCAGGCUAACAUCAGUUUUAAACUCAUAAAAUGCGCCUGUCGAAAUGGUGUGAAGAACAAGAGGAGCGGUGAGCCAAGGGCCAAAUUGUUGUUCUACCUGCUACGCUGUUUUCCUAACUUCGGCACACUUGAUAGAAACGGUAACUUCGUUACCGUUUCUAUAACGACACGCCAAAAGUCGAAGACGAGGAACACUAGACGUUGUUUGGUGAAAUUAAACUGUGAUAGUAAUACCCAGAAAACAUUUUGCUGACGGUAUCCUUCCAAGAGCGACGACACUAAUAUAUUCCAUAUGGGCUUCUAGGCAUUGGUAAGUUCAAGUG